ACAUAUAUCCAUGAUAUGAACUAUGAAGAGUAGUACCUUGGAGAAGAAACUUUGUAUAGCAAAAAUGAUAAAAACCAAUAGCUCACAGGAUUGGCCUGAGCCAAUAAUCCGUGUUCAGUCCUUAUCCGAAAGGUGCACAGAUUCAAUCCCUGAGAGGUAUAUCAAACCCCUCAGUGAGCGUCCAUCUGAUGAUGUUGUUGCUGUUGAUGAUGAUGAUGAUGUCAACAUCCCAAUCAUUGACCUUGCAGGGCUUUAUGGUGGUGACCCUGAUGCUCGAGCCUCCACACUUAAGCAAAUCUCAGAGGCUUGUAAUGAGUGGGGUUUCUUCCAAAUCGUGAACCAUGGUGUUAGCCCUGAGCUGAUGGACAUGGCUAGGGAAACUUGGCGCCAGUUCUUUCACAUGCCUUUGGAGGUGAAGCAGCACUAUGCAAACUCGCCCAAAACCUAUGAAGGGUAUGGUAGCAGGCUUGGGAUUGAGAAAGGUGCCAUUCUUGACUGGAGUGAUUACUAUUAUCUUCAUUACCUUCCCUUGUCUUUGAAGGACCACAAUAAAUGGCCCACUCAGCCUCCCUCUUGCAGGGAAGUGUGUGAUGAGUAUGGGAGAGAGGUGGUGAAGCUAUGUGGGAGGUUGAUGAAGGUUCUGUCCAUAAACCUAGGAUUGGAAGAGGAUGUUCUCGAGAAAGCUUUUGGAGGAGAAGAUGUUGGAGCAUGCCUGAGAGUGAAUUUUUACCCAAAGUGUCCAAGGCCAGAGUUGACACUGGGUUUGUCUUCUCACUCAGAUCCAGGAGGCAUGACACUCUUACUUUCGGAUGACCAAGUCCCAGGUCUUCAAGUCCGAAAAGGCAACAAUUGGAUUACGGUGAAGCCCCUUCGCCAUGCUUUUAUUGUCAAUAUUGGAGACCAAAUUCAGGUUCUAAGCAAUGCAAACUACAAGAGUGUGGAGCACAGGGUGCUAGUAAAUUCAAACAAAGAGAGAGUUUCCCUAGCUUUCUUCUACAAUCCCAAAAGUGACAUACCCAUAGAGCCAGCAAAGGAGUUGGUAAAGCCAGACCAACCUGCACUCUACACGCCCAUGACCUUUGAUGAAUAUAGGCUCUUCAUUAGAUUGAGAGGACCAUGCGGAAAAUCUCAUGUGGAAUCGUUAAAAUCUCCAAGAUGAUCCAUAUAUCGUCAUCAUUAAUUGCUUGCAAUAUUGUAUAAUUAAUUAAUAAUGUAAAUCCUGUACCUAGAUAUGUACUCCUGUCUUAACAAUUUGCCUAUUAGUUAAACUUAAACAACAAAGCGAGGGAGGAUAAUUCGAUAAUAUAGAUGUGAAAUUGAUGUGAAAAACUGUUUAUGUUAAUGGAUGAAUUUGGGUGGUCCACAAAGAUCAUUCAUAUAGCUGAAUAAUUAUUAGAGAUUUGUGUCCCCACAUUCCCAACCGAUGACGGUGAUAAUAAGUGCACCAUAACUUUAGGGGCAAUAUUUGUAUCAUAUACUAGUAUGUACUGUAUUAAUUUAUGAUGCAAUAUCUUACAAUUAGCCUGCGUCAAAUUCAACGCACUAAAUUAAUUAUUGAA